GCGGAGCUGCGUGGGUACUUAGGGGUGCACCGGAGAGGCCCGCAGCGGCUCGAUUCGGCUCGGCGGCAGCGGGCCUAGGCUGUCGCGCUGCGCUUGGAGGGUGCAGGAUCCAGCUUCCAGAAUGUGGUGGUCCUUGAUCACUCUCUCUUGCCUGCUGGCACUGGCCAGUGCCCACAACAGUCCUUCCUUCCACCAACUGUCGGAUGACCUGAUCAACUAUGUCAAUAAACACAACACAACGUGGCAGGCUGGACGCAACUUCUACAAUGUUGAAAUGAGCUAUCUGAAGAGGCUGUGUGGUACCAUCCUGGGUGGACCCAAGCUGCCAGAAAGGGUUGGGUUCGCUGAGGGCAUUAAUCUACCUGAAACCUUCGAUGCCCGGGAACAGUGGCCUGACUGCCCGACCAUCAAAGAGAUUAGAGACCAGGGCUCCUGCGGCUCCUGUUGGGCAUUCGGGGCAGCGGAAGCCAUGUCUGACCGGAUCUGCAUCCACACCAGAGGCAGAGUCAACGUGGAGGUGUCUGCUCAGGACCUGCUUACCUGCUGUGGUAGCCGGUGUGGGGACGGCUGUAAUGGUGGCUAUCCCUCUGCAGCCUGGGGCUUUUGGACAAGAGAAGGCGUGGUUUCUGGUGGACUCUACAAUUCUCACAUAGGCUGCCUACCCUACACCAUCCCUCCCUGCGAACACCAUGUCAACGGCAGCCGGCCGAAGUGCAGUGGAGAAGGAGAGACUCCCAGGUGCACCAAGAGCUGUGAGGCUGGCUAUUCCCCAUCCUACAAAGAAGACAAGCACUACGGGUACACUUCCUACAGUGUGUCUAACAAUGAGAAGGAGAUCAUGGCGGAAAUCUACAAAAACGGCCCAGUGGAGGGUGCCUUUACUGUGUUUGAAGACUUCCUGCAUUACAAAAACGGAGUAUACCAGCACGAGGCCGGUGACAUGAUGGGUGGCCACGCCAUCCGAAUCUUGGGCUGGGGAGUAGAAAAUGGAGUUCCCUACUGGCUGGCAGCCAACUCUUGGAAUGUUGACUGGGGUGAUAAUGGCCUCUUUAAAAUCCUCAGAGGAGAGGACCACUGUGGAAUCGAGUCAGAAAUUGUGGCUGGAAUCCCACGCACUGACAUGUAUUGGGGAAGGUUCUAAUAUGCUGUGAUCUAGUUGGCGGGUCCUUAGGUACAUUUUCCCUAAAUUUAGCUACCGAGGCUGGGAGUGAGGCAGACAGGAGAGUAUUUGAUUCUUUGAGCUCACGUAACAUGCACGAAGCUUUUGGCAAGGCUUGAGCAACUGGACCAGAGCCGCCUGCCAUCAGAGCUGCCCUCCCAGCCCUUCCCAUGGCAGUGAUCACAGCCUGCAUCCUAGCCUCCCCCUAGACUAGUGCUGUUUAGUGCCUGCUGCUGUGGCUCUGCCUGCCACUCCCCUUACCCCCAUCCUAGCCUCUACAGGGCAGGAGAGACCCAAGGGUUUUCCAAAAGAAUGGAGGUUUUCCAAAAGAAUGGAACGCAGGUUUUCCUGCAGGUUUUCCAAAAGAAUGGAACGCCAACUUCAUGAUGAGGACAAACGCCACCCGUCAGCUGCACCUUAAAGCUAGCCACUUCCUGGGUCUUUGGCAGGGGUUGAUGGCCCAGUGCAGGUCUCUGGAGAAAAGCUACCUUUUUCCAGGGCAUCUGCCUCCAUCUCCCUUGGUAAUGUGGCAAGCCCUUCCCGGUCUUGUCCUCAGCUGAUGCUUUUUUCAAUAGUAGUUUUAUUUUUUGUGUACCUCAACUGAGUAUGAAGAGCUGUACUGGUUUUACAGGUAGUCCCCUAAUUUGUAUGGCUUAAAACAAGCUUAAGUGGUCCUGGUCUGCUGGCUGACUGACCGACCUCAUACUGCAGUGAAAUGAGUCUGGGAAAAACUUGCUUUUUUUGUUGUAGAGUUGCCACUCAACCCUGUCAGUUUAACAAGGAAUGACUGUGCCAAUAAACCAAUUCUCCGUCUGCUUGA